CACAUCUCGCAUUUCGUCUUGCUACUCGUCUCGCGUCCCGUCGCUUCCGAUCACUCGAGCCUGGCCGUUCGUCCUUUCGCACGUUCGUGCCACGAUCCUGGGGGAUUUGGUUGACGACGAAGAGGAGCAGGACGAGAAGAAGGAGUAGAUGGAGGGGAUAGUGGGAUCGUAGGAAGAGAACGAGACGGGAAGUGGGACGGAGGAACGGAGAGUUCGAAGCGCACGAGCGCUUCAGUCGCCGCUGUAACCUCCGAACUAAAAGGACGUUCGUGCGCGUACCAUCCGGCUUUCUUGCCUCCGCUUCGUUCGAUUCGAUGUCGCUCAUCGCACAACAAUUUCAUUUUCUCGGCUACGGAACCCUACAGGGACCUCGAAGCCCUUCGCAAAGUGUGUCGAAAAGAGUUCUUAGUGAAAAGAUUAGAAAGAAGAGCUCAAACGGUGUCGUUCGACCAAGUGAAUAUAUAAAUAAAAAAGAGCGAUUUCGUUCGCCGGAUUCUACUUUGGGAUUUGUACUUUGAAGAUACGACUUAUUAAGAAAAGAGAAGAGCGGACGAGAAAGCGAGCGCUCUUAAGCGCUCUUUAAGAUGCUCACUUCCAACACGAAUCAGUAUCUAUGUCCGGAUUAUUUAACUCCUCUACCGACAACACUAGAUGCAAAGAAGAGUCCUCUCGCUCUACUCGCACAGACUUGUAGCCAGAUCGGAGCGGAUCCCCCGUCAAGCAGAUCUCUACUGAACGGCUCGGAUAAAUCAUCGAAGUCGUCAAAAUCUAAUCGAGAUCACUCACGCGAGGGAAGUUCACCAUCAAGGCGAACUCCGACCAACGAUGUAACCGGUAGAUCAAAUUCUAAAAAUUCUCACGAAUCCUUUGGCCGUGAGAAAACAUCCAGUCCGGAGGAUCAGCAACGAUCGGCGUCAAGUCAUUCAACAUCCGCUCGUUCCAGAACACCAGGAAAUAAUAAUAACAAAAGAUGUUCGAGCAAUCAGAGUGCUUCCUCGACCCGUGCAGUGACUCCGCAAGGAAGAAAAACAACUACACCGGAAGGUGCAGUAUAUAUCGGCGAACCAAGUCCAAACGAUGGAAUUUCAACGAGUUCCUCUACUCGAGGAACUCGUCAUGGUAGUCCUACAAUAAGGCCAAAUUCCUACAGCCCUGCCGGAGUAUUAGCCAUGACGGAUCCAUCGAUCAAAGAUCUACCACUCGGUACCUUCAAGCUCGGCCUACCUCCUUCUACGAGUUCAGCUUAUCACUUAGCCUAUGGUGGUUCGCAAUUACCAAUAGACGUUAUGUCGGCUGGUAACUCGCUACUGUCUCCGCAUCAGCACGCACUAAAAAGCGGGCUCAUGGGUAGUCCAACGAGUCCCUAUCUGGCUUACAACAGCCGUUUGAAAUCAUCGUCCAGUAAUGGAACCGACGCAUCGUCCAUAGGUCUUUGUCGGGACCCUUACUGCACGGGUUGCCAACUGAAUUCUCACCUUUUAGCUGCUGCGGCCGCAGCAGCAGCGGCAGCCGCGGCUGCAGCGACUACGGGAACGAGCGUUCCUCCACAAGCGAGUAUUCAAGCAAACGGUAAACUCUCGACGAGUCCAGUUCCUGCUCCUUCAACAGUUUCUUCUUCUUCGUCUUCUUCUUGCCCAUCCGGUUGCGUCCAGUGUGAUCAUAAAUCUGGAUCUGGCUCGCCUUAUGGCUCCGGAAUGUCAACGGCUGCAGCAGCUAGCGUCGCAGCGGCUGCCUACGCCCACGCGCAAUUGAGUGCUCUCGCUGCUGCUUCGCAGCUUCCGUAUGUUUGUAACUGGAUGGCUGGUGACACCGUUUACUGUGGCAAACGCUUUGGCACCUCGGAGGAACUCCUACAACACCUAAGAAGUCAUACGAAUGCUUCCGUUUCGAGUUCCGUUAACACCACCGAUCCUUCCAACGCUGCUGCGGCUGCCGUAGCCACUGCAACGGCACUUUCAAUGCUGUCACCUCCGCUACCACCACCUCCGCCACACUCUUUAGCCUUACCAUCCACGCAUCCCUUUUUUUCGAGAACCUAUCCUACACCACCGCUCAGUCCACUCGCCACGGCACGUUAUCAUCCUUAUGGGAAACCCACACCACCGAUGAUACCUCAUUCACUUUCUUCUCUUGCUUUCCCUUUACCUCCAACCCACCCUGCUCAUGUAUUACCUCCUCCACCUCACCCACACCCGCAUUACUUCUCACCCUACUCGCUUUACGCUGCACCAAGGCUCGGUGCGACAUCCGGACUACAUCAAUGAGGAGAGAAGCAGAGCCAGUUAUUCUCGAGAUUCUGUUUCGACUGAUCGAAAGAGCCCCCGACUGUGAUUUUUUCUCUGCAAAGAUGACCGAGAGAGAGAGAGAGAGAGAGAGAGAGAGAGAGAGAGAGAGAGAGAGAGAGAGA